AUGUCGCCUUCUAACCCUUCCAACUCCCAGUGUUCGAGAACGUCUCGCUUUCCCGUCGAUCUACCAGGUAGUAGACGUGACUUACCUGUCCCGUUCUUUCCAUGCAAGUGGAAGCUGACUCCCGCGAACAUUUUGAGAGUUAAUCAGUACCCUCCGUUUGACGUCCUACCACGGAUUCUCGUUCCAUCCUCAACUGCUCGUAUAAAACCCCCUGUAAUGCAUUACGGGUGGCCCGUGAACUUGUGGUUGGACAGACAACCGCUGUUGGACUAUGCUGAGAAGCACGACCUCCUGUUCUUCCAUUGUAAUGACAUUGAUGGAGAACAAGAUCUAGAAGAGGAAGGGUGCGAGGAGGAGAUAAAGAACGACAACGAUGGAGCCGUGCGACGAGGAGGGCGUACGAUCAACGUGGCCAUCUCGAUUGAUGCCGCGUUGGAACGCCUUACGGAGGAACUGAAGAUGUGCUGGCCUCGUGGCUUGUCGCAUUUCGAGUGUGCGUUUCAGGUCAACUCUAACAUUGGCCUCAUCAUCUCCCUAUACACCAAUUACGAUCUCCGAAACACACCGUCGCCUGACGCUAUCGAGGUGUUGCGUAAAUGGCUCGGUGAAGAUACACCAAAAUGGUAUAUGGACUCCGAGCGGUUUUCCUGGACAACGCGCGGCCCUCGACGCCACUAA